AUGAAAUUACUACUUAAAAUAACAACCCUCAUAUUAUUACUCUCGGAGUAUGUUAAAGGUGGUCAUCUAGAACUCUCAUUAACCAAGCGUGGUGAGAAAGAAGGUACAAUUGAUGUUGAUUUAAAUAAUAGAGAAUCCUUUGUUGGUAUUGAUGCAGAAAUAGGAUAUCCACCACAAUCUGUCGAGUUGUUGCUAGAUACUGGAUCCUCAACUUCAUGGGUUAUGGAUUCUAAAAAUCCAUAUUGUGUUGAUGAAGAAGUUUGGGGUUAUUUAGUUAAUGGAAGUCAAGCACAAUUGGAGUAUCAUUUUCCAAAUGGAUUAUUGGAUAUUAAGGCACCAAUGGGAUCACAAUCAAAGGCAUGUUUCAAGCAUGGAACUUUGGAUCUUGCGUAUUCAGGAGGCUUCGAAGAAUCAAAAGACCCAUUUGAAAUUAAAUAUGUUGAUAAUUCUACCGUCAAAGGAUUUUGGACUAAAGGAUCUUUCAAAGUUGGUGAUAAUUAUAAUUUAACUGAUUUUGACUUUGGUAUUGGGCAUAAUGCUAGUUCAGCAAUGGGUAUUUUAGGUUUGGGAAUUCCUGAGUUUGAAGUUAUCGAUGGUGAUGUUCAUUAUGUACGUAAUAACUUCCCAAUGAAGUUAAAUGAAGAUGGUUUAAUUGGUAAACAGCUAUUUAGUCUUUGGUUGAAUGAACGUGAAACUAAAGGUGGUAAAAUUUUAUUUGGUGCUAUUGAUCACGCAAAGUAUAAAGCACCAUUAUAUACCAUGAAGAUGAUUAAUACGAUUAAGAAGGGCCAUCCAAUUCAAAGAUUUGAAAUUUUAUUGACUGAUCUUAUAUUAGAAGAUGAACAAGGUGAUAAAGCUUCAAUUUUUGGAGAAUCUGAAACUUAUAAAGGUAAAUAUACAGGUGCUUUAGUCGAUACAGGAUCAACAAUGAAUUAUUUACCACAAGAAUUAUUUGAUAUUUUCAUUAGCCAUAUUGAACAUUUGCGCAUCAAAUCAAGUGAUCAAUAUGCUGUAAAAUGUUCUUUACAAGAUGAAGAUGAUCAAGUUACAUUUAAAUUUGCAUCAAAAUUAUUCAAUAUACCAUUGAGAAAUUUUUUGGGUCCAUUACCUUCAAGUUAUAAAACUUUAGAUAUUGAUGAAGAAUAUUGCUUAUUGAAAUUUAUGCCUCAAACUUCAAAUUAUACCGUCUUGGGAGAUUCAUUUAUAAGAAGUGUUUAUACUGUUUUUGAUUUGGAUACAAUGCAAAUAUCGAUGGCUCCAGCUAUUUAUACAGAUAAAAGUGAAAUUCAAGAAAUUACAUAUGAAAAUCCUUUGAUUAGUGAAAUGGAUGGUGAAAUUCCAAAAGAAUUACAAUUACAUUUUUAUAAUCCAGUGAAGGAUUUUGUACAAAAUACAAAGAAUGGUUAUUAUAAAAGUUUAAGUAAAUCAUCAAUACUGAAAGUUAAUAAGAAUAUACUUUUUUAUAUAGCAGUUUCAAUGUUUUUUAACUUGAUCUUUAUGAUCUUUUUGUGA